CGGUCAGCUUCGCUGGCUCCCUCCCUUCCACCAUCCCAGGCAACCUUCACUCCCACCUCUUCUUCCCUUCGCGCUACUCAGAUGCUAGUAAGACCGGUGCUUAGCAGCUCUCUGGCAGCCUAAAACACAGUGUGAAGGCUUUGAUUUCACCUAAUCUUCACUAACUGCACAGCAAGAGUGAGGGGGAUAACUGGACCAGCUAUUUGUGGUGCACUCAUGACGACCACAGUCUCUGUAAUCAUUCACCAAUUGUGACUGAGUGAGGGACCGAUUCCACUGUGUCUGUCACAUGAGGACUGAGAGGCAGCCAAGGAGGCGUGACCUGUAAGAUACAGAUAUCCCCCAAUUUGAAGAAGACAGACCAGACUAAAUCAUCGACUACAUAAUCCCAUUCCGAACUGCAAGGCACUUCUUAACCAUCAACAAAAUACAUAAAAAGACUGCUCCCACCAUUCACAGUACACAAAAACAUUGACAGCAGCGAGAAGCCAGGUCUUUACAUAAAUGGCUGACAAGCAAAUUAGUUUGCCUGCCAAAUUGAUCAAUGGGGGGGUCGCUGGCCUAAUUGGAGUCACCUGUGUGUUUCCCAUCGACCUGGCCAAGACUCGCUUGCAAAACCAGCAAAAUGGAUCUCGCCUUUACACCAGCAUGUCAGACUGCCUUAUUAAGACCAUCCGGUCAGAGGGAUAUUUUGGGAUGUAUAGAGGAGCGGCGGUGAACCUAACACUCGUCACACCAGAGAAAGCCAUCAAAUUGGCUGCCAAUGACUUCUUCAGGCAUCACCUCUCCAAGGAUGGAAAACUCACUUUGUUGAAAGAAAUGCUGGCUGGGUGCGGGGCGGGUACAUGCCAGGUUAUUGUCACCACUCCUAUGGAGAUGUUGAAAAUUCAGCUCCAAGAUGCUGGACGUAUUGCGGCUCAGAGGAAGCUGAUGCCAGAGACAGUGGCAGCAGGCACAGUGGAGACCAAGUCGCCAACAGCCAUGCAGCUCACCAGACAAUUACUGAGGGAAAAGGGAAUUGCUGGAUUAUAUAAGGGCCUUGGCGCCACAUUGCUCAGGGAUGUUCCAUUCUCUAUCAUUUACUUCCCCCUCUUUGCUAACCUUAACAAUUUGGGAAAGCGAGGUGCAGAAGGACCUGCUCCAUUCUACGUGUCUUUCCUAUCAGGCUGCUUAGCAGGCAGCACAGCGGCGGUCGCAGUCAACCCAGUGGACGUGAUAAAAACAAGACUUCAGUCUCUGACCCGGGGUAGCUCGGAGGACACAUACAGUGGAGUGACCGACUGUAUCAGGAAAAUCAUGCGUAAUGAGGGUCCAUCCGCCUUCCUGAAGGGGGCAUACUGUCGAGCCUUGGUCAUCGCACCUCUCUUUGGCAUCGCCCAGGUGGUCUACUUCCUCGGCGUGGGCGAGUUUCUCCUCAGCUUCUUGCCUAAAAAACACAACUAAAGAAGCACAUCCUUUAGAAAGCCUUUCCCGCCCAGAUUGCAUCACACCACCACCUGCGUGAGGAAUCAUCUCAUUCUUACAGAACGUUACGUUUGUAAUUUUAAUGAUCAUGUGCUGCAUUUUGUUUCAAAUUUGAUGUCUUGAAUGUCCGAAUCAUGCAGGGGGGAGCCUUUGUUUGCUGCCAAGCUGCCUGUGUCGGCGCAUGUCGAUCUUGAUAUGAAGCCACAAAUAUCAGGUUAGGUUUUGAAGGAAUAUGGCUUUAUAAUUCUAACAUAUGAUAUUUUAUAUUAUGAUGAUGCAUGUCAAAAUUUCAAGGUCAACAAAUGGCCCUUGGUUGCUGCAGUCUUAGAUGCUCCUUUACCUGAUGAUUUAAAAACAGCAUUCCCGUCUGAACCAAAUAGACUAGAGAUACAUUAAAAAUAGAAUACUGAAAAUAUUUAAAUUAAAAGCACACAUAAUGUACUUAGAUAUUUGAUAGAUUCUUAUAAAAAUGCUAUUUAGGAUAUUGUCCAAACCCCAUGUGUUAUACACUGCUUAAAAAGUACAGGGAACAAUUUGAUUACAGGCUGAUCCAACUUUAGUACAUUUCCUCAAGAAAGCUCAUAACAGUGUGUAUGCCUUCGUGGACCUGUGUGAACUCCUUACAACGUUGAGCCACAUGCACACUAGUGAUCUGCUGGAGGUCAAUUUAUAUUUGGUGGUGCUCCUCUUGUUUCUUCUUGCACAAAGGAGCACCCCUCCAGAUACUGUAGUGUACUGGCCUGUUUCCUGAUCUAUUUUCCACACUCUUGAAACUGUGCUGGAGGACACAUCCACGCCUUCUGGCCACGGUGCACGUGGAGGAGCUGCACUCUCUGAGCAACUUCUGUAUGUGUUGCCUUUAUGUUUUGAGCAGUGUAGUUAGAAAUAGAGCGAAUAUGUAUAUCAGAACAAAUCCAGGGAAAGUGUUAAUGUGAUACCAGCACACCUGCUUUGACCCAUCUGAGAAGCCACACCCCUUAGCCAUAAGAUGACUUUCAUUGCCUCAUUUUUUUUUUCUAAGUAGAUGAGCUUCCACAGUGACUUUGUGGUUCACCUUCUCUGAAAGAUACCGCUGUUCUGGACACACCAUGAAACACUGCUUUAACAAUCAGGCAUAUUUAUGGCCAGUCCCUAAUCGGUGAUGAAAGAUGUUUUGCUAUGACUCACAAUCACAGAGUCCAUCAGAUGGUGAACGCUGCAACAUGUUGGUCCACAGAGCAACAUGAGCGCCCUCCCCCCAAAUGUGAGUUUGUACUCACUGUAGUUUUAAACCUCAGUGAGAUGUAAGUAACUAUCAUAUGAAGCAAUUAUACUAGUAUUAUGCUAUACAGUCACUUAUGAUGGAAGCCAGUUUUACAUUAUUGUUUACAAUAUGGUUCAGUCCAUUUUAAUGUAUCACAUAUCUCAACUUGAAUUCACUGGCAGUGCCCAAAGAGCUAAUGCCAAACAGUUAUCAGAAACUCCCAAAUCAAAUCAUUUGUUUGUUUAGUUUACACACAAACUUGCUGCAGGGAAAGCAGCAGCUGUUAUACAAUAUAUCUCAUGGAUGCAUCACACCUCCAAAACCCUGCCAUUGGUUAAUCUAACCGGAGAUCAAGGUGACUUUGACGUCUUUUUAUCCAAUUACAUUCCACUUUGUAGCUCCCACUUGUUGCACCGUAGGUGUCUGAUGCAACUUUUUAAUGUGUACUCAUUUGUGGGAGUGAGAACUGUUUAUCAAUGUUCCCUUCUAUGGGUGGUAUGGCACUGUGUAUUUGUAUGUGUUGUUGAAGUGACCACCUAGACUAUAUUGUACAUAUGCUGAUGGUAUGAAGUCUAUGCUUUAGGAUUUGCUGUUUGUUUUGUUCAUGAUGGCUUAUUUGCACACCUACCUCCCCCAUCCCCUUAUUCAUAGUGUGGUGAUUUUAUGUUAUGAUGUGGAGAUAGCAGAUGAAGGGAUGCAACAAGUAUCACUGGAGCAUGCUAAUAUGCAAAGGGGACAUGCUUGGAGGUGCCAUUACCUCUUAGUUAGCGCUCAAGUCUGCAGGUCGGCCAGUGCUCUUAUUCUCACUGUUGUCUGGAUGGACCAAAUGAAGCAUCUUACAAUGAUGGGGAUGGAAAUAUAAUAAGCUCCAAGGCAAUAAAACGGAAAUGAAGUGUCCCCUGGACAAGGCAAAUGAGGACCUGCUGACUUGAGACUAUAGAUGUAACAUCAGUCUCUGUUGAAUGGUGCUCCUUCCAUUAGCUAGCACCAUGAUGGAGACUGUACAGUGACUGAAUCACAUGCAGUCUUACAGCGAAAGCCAUAAGGUCGCAUUGGCUGUCAUGACUAGAACAGCUGAGCCACUGGGAAAAUGUAAGCUCAUCGUCAUAAACCUCCCAACAUUCCAAAUGUCGUUUUCAUCUGCGAUUCCUGUGAUCUGUUUUUAAUGUUUGUGUUAUUGAUGAUGAUUGUCAUGACUGUUUGAAAUUGUUCCCUUGCUUUAUUUGAUUGACGCUUUGACAAUGUUGUGCAAUUCCUUUAGCUUUACUCCUCCGCUAUGAAUUUUUGCUGACUUUGUGGAUUCUGAGUAUGUGCGUGUGUCCAGACGAUGUAGUGGUGUAGCUGAUGUGUACUUGUUCUAUUUGAUUGUCAGCAUUUUUGCUUAUUUCUGUCUGUCUGUCACACUCCUGUGCCAUCCCUAUCUCAAACAACUUUUGAGUGUUUUUUUUUUUAAGGAAAGCACAUCAGAUGAUUAAGGCACAUGAGAUCACACAUGGGAUCAGACUGACUGUCCCCAGAGUGUGCAGACACAGAUUCCAAUGGGAAAUGUAUUUAAUAUAAACCGUAGACAGUCUCUAUAACAUACGGAGACCCAUGUGAUGGUGUGCACUAUAUGCAGUUAUCCACAAAAUGUAUAUUGCCUACAUAUUCUAAACGAAUCAGAUAUAAGAAUGUAACUUAUAUUAUAAGAUGUAUUAUUUAGUGAAUAAUUUAUUACAUUUUAAUCUAAAGAUUUAUGCUUUACACCUAAAAAAAAAAAAAGCCACACACACACACAAACCAGCUCACUGAUAUGCAAUAAGUAGAAAGUGCACACACAAGCAACAAAACAUGUCAAUGUCAGCAUCACAAUAAUGUAUAAACAAUGUGAUCGGAGAUCUUCAGAGCCUUUUUUGGAGUCUGAGCCCUCCUCAUGACCUCUUGCUCACUUCCUCCGAGAGGAAUUGUGCAUUAGACAGCACUUUAAAACAACAACCUCCCCCCACCACCCUCAUCACACAGGGUGUUUAGAAUUCUGUGCAGUGAAUGACAUACACACGCAUACGUCCUAUGCAUUGUUUACAAUGCCAUAGUAAAAAAAUAUAUCUAUAUAUUGUGUUCCAUGUCACAAUUUGCUGUUCAAUAAACUGACUGUCCCUAAAUCA